AUGUUAGCAGAAGAAUAUCUCUCGACAACCCGAUCUGAAAUCAACGAAACAACAGAUCUAGUGAACACAGAAGCUAUGCUCCAAACAACGGACAUUUUUGAAACUACUGACUCAACGUCGACUGAAGAAACCGUGACAACAACAGAUGUGUUAGCAGAAGAAUAUCUCUCAACAACCCGAUCUGAAAUCAACGAAGCAACAGCCUCAACAGAGGUGGCAACGACUGAAGGUGAUCCGACGGAGAGGACAAUCAUCUCGACUAUCACCGCAACACUAACCUACCCAUCAGAAGCAACAGAAGAAGCAGUUUCUACUGAGGUCACUGAGACAGAGUCGGCAACAACUGAGUCAGCUUCACUUGACUUCACGUCCACAGAGGUAACUUCAGUUCCAACUGAGUCAGAACAAGAAGUCACCGGCGAACCUAUGACAACCCAAACAGUCCUCAACGAGGGAACGAGCACAGAAGAAGCAGUCUCAACUGAGAGCAUGUCCACAUGGUCAGUCUCGUAUGAAGCCAUUGGCACUGAAGAGUCAACUGAGGUCAUGACAACGGAGUCAGUUCCAACUGAAGUUUUGAAGACAGAAGAACCUCUAUCAACUGACGUUAUGACCACGGAAUCUAUCUCAAACAUAGCCAUUAGCACUGAAGGCUCAACUGAGGUGAUGACAACAGAGUCAGUUCACACUGAAGUUUUGCAGACAGAAGAGCCUCUAUCAACUGACGUUAUGGCUACGGGAUCUAUCUCAAACGAAGUCAUUAGCACUCAAGACUCUAUCUCAACUGAGUAUAUCACAACAGAGUCAGUUCCCACUGAAUUAGUGCAGACAGAAGAAGCUAGAUCAACUGACGUUAUGACCACGCAAUGGAUCCCAAACGAAGCCAUAGCCACUGUAGGCUCUGCCUCAACUGAGGUUAUGGCAACGGAGUCAGUUCCAAAUGAAGUCGUGUAUACAGAAGAAGCUUUGUCAACCGAAAUCAUGACCACACUGUCAGUGUCGGGCGAAGUGAUCCACACUGAAGACCCAGCCUCAACCGUCGAUCUUAAAACACAGUCAGUCCCAACUGAGAUCUUCAGUACAGGCAAGGCUGUCUCAACUGAGUUCACAACACCAGGAUCAGUCACAGACAACGGCAUGAUAACUAUUACAGAGCCAUUGUUCAGAGAUACGCUGGUAACACAAGAGGUGACCUCAACUGAGGCCUUCACAACAGAGGAGGGAGCUCCGGAAGAACUCUUGUCGACCACGAUGGGAGCCCCGACAGAGCUUGCUACUACAACAAAACCGUCCACUGAAUCAGAUGUAUUCGGAACAGUCACUGAUGAUCUGCUCACAGAAAGUCCAAAAGUCACAGUCGUCACACAACCACUCCAGAUAGCUGGCACAACUUUCCCAUCGGUUACAGCAACGGCAGCCUCUACACUUUACGAUGUCAGCUCAAAGACGCCCCCUAGCGAGGGUACCAUGUCAACGUCAGGAUCUGGAACUGUAACUGAUGAACCAGCUCCAACAGAGCUCGUGGAAGAAACCACGGUUACCUCGCCCACAGCUGUGCAAACAUCAUCCACAGAAGCCUUCUCAUCUACAGCGUUAGACCAGGGACCAUCCACAAAUACCAUGGAAACUACGCAGUCAGAAACAUUGACAGAAGCGUCGCAUGAACCAGUGACUAUGUCAACAAUUCCCGAUGAAACGAGCCCUUCCACGGUGUUUAGGACAUCGCCUGUAUCCACGGAUGCUGCAGACAUCACUGAAGGUUACAGCACAACAACAGAGGAUCUUACGGGCACAAUCGUAUCUACAGAAAUCGACGAAACAGUGACAGAUCAAAAUAUGGAACAGUCAACGAUGGAAACCGUCGCUACAACAGAAGAAACGACUGAUGAUGGCGUCACUUCUACGACAGAUAUCGUCGCUACAACAACAGAAGAAAAUGAUAUCGCGACUUCUGGAACACAACUUCCUCACACAGUCGCAACAACAAGGCAACCUACCUCCACAACCCCACAGACACCAUUUCCAGACACCACCAUAAGCCCAGUGGAUGAUGCCACUACCGAAAUGACAAUGAUGACAACAGAAAUGUUGCAUUACGCAUCUGUCCCAGCUACGGCCGUGGAUAGUCUGACAACCCACCAGUCUGUGGACACAGUCGAACCUACUACAGAGACACUAUCAGAAAUGUCAAGUACAGAGACGGCAACUAUAGCUUCCAGUACAACUAUCAGCACGACUGAGUCUGUGGACACUGUCGAACCGACUGUACCAACAGAAACACCAUCAGUAACGUCAAGUACAGACACGGCAUCUACAGCUUCCAGUACAACUAUUACAACGACUGCCCAACCUGAGACUACGACCAUGCAUACCACAGUCAGACCAACAGAGGAAGCAGACUGCAUCAAUGACAUCUACAUUUGUCACGAGAACGCGACGUGUGUCAUUACAACAUCCGGAUUCGGAUACGCCUGUGUCUGUAGGACAGGCUUUCAGGGAGAUGGUCGAAACUGUACUGACAUAGACGAGUGCUCUAUACAGCCACCAGGGCCAGGUUUUGUACCUGGCCACGGUUGUUCUGAUGUCUGUGUCAACACCAUCGGGUCCUACCAUUGCGCUUGUCCGGACUUUUUCACCUUGAAGGAGGACGGGAAAACGUGCGAAGAUACUGACGAAUGUUCCUCUGGACACCAUAACUGCCAUGCAUCUGCCCAGUGUACAAACACCUACGGCAGUUUCUCCUGCACAUGCCUCGGUGGAUAUACUGGAGAUGGAACCUCCUGUACAGAUGUGGAUGAGUGCACCACGGGCACGGCUUCUUGUGAUGAGAACGCCACCUGUAACAACACAGCUGGUUCCUACACCUGCACCUGUAAGGACAACUACGAGAGUACAGCACCUGAAGGCACCGGAUUCACGGGCCAGUGCAGAGAGGUUCGCCUGUUCCCGGAUGGUCUGGCGGGACACUGGUUGUUCGGUAACGCUACAACAGAGGGGAUGUCUCCGCUCAUCGAAGUACCGGAGGGGCUGCCCAUGCCUGGGGGACGACUGUGCAACUCUGUCUACGCAUAG